UACUUCAGGAGGAGAUUCAGUAAUGAAGAGCUGUCCAGCAGAAUCAUCUCCCACAUGAAGACAUCCAGGAGCCUCCACAUCAUGUGUAGAAUCCCAGUCUUCUGCUGGAUCACUGCUACAGUUCUGGAGCACAUGUUGACUACAGAGCAGAGAGGAGAGCUGCCCAAGACCCUGACUGACAUGUACUCACACUUCCUGCUGGUUCAGACAAAGAGGAAGAAGAACAAGUACCAUGAGGGACAUGAGACGAGUCCACAGGAGCUGACGGAGGCUGACAGGGAAGUUCUUCUGAAGCUGGGGAGGCUGGCGUUUGAACACCUGGAGAAAGGAAACAUCAUGUUCUACCAAGAAGACCUGGAGCAGUGUGGUCUGGAUGUGACAGAGGCCUUGGUGUACUCAGGAGUUUGUACAGAGAUCUUCAAAAGAGAGUGUCUGAUCUUCCAGAAACCAGGCUACUGCUUUGUUCAUCUGAGCAUUCAGGAAUUUCUGGCUGCUGUCUACAUCUUCCACUGUCACACCAACAGGAAGACAGAGGUGCUGAAUAACUUUUUGCGACAUAUAUUCAACAAUUCCUCUCUGGGCGAUUUACUUAAAGAAGCCAUGGAGAAAUCCCUCCAGAGUAAAAAUGGCCACCUGGACCUGUUUGUUCGCUUCCUUCAUGGCCUCUGUCUGGAGUCCAACCAGAGACUCUUAGUAGGUCUGCUGGGUCAGACAGAGAACAGUCCAGGAACCAUCCAGAGAGUCAUCAACAACCUAAAGGAGAUGAACAGUGGUAAAAUCUCUCCUGACAGAAGCAUCAACAUCUUCCACUGUCUGAUGGAGAUGAAUGACCUCUCAGUACAUCAGGAGAUCCAAGAGUUCCUGAAGUCAGAGAACAGAUCAGAGAAGAAACUCUCUGAGAUUCAGUGCUCAGCUCUGGCUUUCAUGCUGCAGAUGUCAAAGGAGGUUCUGGAUGAGUUGGACCUGCAGAAGUACAACACAUCAGAGCGGGGACGACACAGACUGAUUCCAGCUGUGAAGAACUGCAGAAAGGCUGGACUGACUUGGUGCGGACUCUCAGAGACUCACUGUGAAGUUGUGGCCUCAGCUCUGCAGUCCAACCCCUCCCAUCUGACAGAGCUGGACAUGAGUGGAAACCACAGCCUGCAGGAUUCAGGGAUGAAGCUUCUGUGUGCUGGACUGGAGAGUCCAAACUGUGGACUGGAGGCUCUCAGAUUGAGGUUUUGUGGUUUGUCAAAGAUCAGCUGUGAUUAUCUGGCAGCAACACUGAAGUCCAACCCCUCCCAUCUGAGAGAGCUGGACCUGAGCAGGAACAAGCUGCAGGAUUCAGGCGUGAAGCAUCUGUGUGGUUUUCUGGAGAGUCCAGGAUGUGGACUUGAAACUCUGAGAUUGUGGGGCUGUGAUUUGUCAGACAUCAGCUGUGAUUAUCUGGUAGCAGCGCUGAAGUCCAACCCCUCCCAUCUGAGCGAGCUGGACCUGAGUAGCAACAAUAAGCUGCAGGAUUCAGGCGUGAAGCAUCUGUGUCGUUUCCUGGAGAGUCCAGGAUGUGGACUUGAAACUCUGAGAUUGAAGGGCUGUGGUUUGUCAGAGAUCAGCUGUGAUUAUCUGGCAGCAGGACUGAAGUCCAACCCCUCCCAUCUGAGACAGCUGGACCUGAGCUUCAACUACAACCUGCAGAAUUCAGGAGUGAAUCAUCUGUGUGGUUUUCUGGAGAGUCCAGGAUGUGGACUUGAAACUCUGAGAUUGAUGGACUGUGGUUUGUCAGAGAUCAGCUGUGAUUAUCUGGCAGCAGGACUGAAGUCCAACCCCUCCCAUCUGAGAGAGCUCGAGCUGAGAGGAAACAACCUGAAGUAUCCAGAUGUGAAGCUGCUGUCUGAUCUUCAGCAGAGUCCAGACUACAGACUGGAGCAUCUGAGGAGGUGCUGAUGGUAAACAGGAUGGUGUGGGUCCUGAGAGAGGAGGAGCUGUGUCCUGAUGAUCCAGAGAGGUUGAAGCAGCAGCAGCUUGUGUGUAGAGACGCUCUGACUGGGCCAUGUUACUGGGAGGUGGAGAGGAGAGCUUCAUCCAGCAGUGACUGACAGAGGAAUGAGAACAAGUGCAGAUGACUGUCAGUGCUGCAGAGUGAACUGCUCUGAGAACAGCUCCACUGUCAGACACAAUGUAGAGUCCAGCAUCAUCCCUGUGUGUCCCUCUGGAUCUGACAGAGGAUCAUCAGUGUAUCUGGACUGCUCUGCUGCUGCUCUGUCCUUCUACAGUCUCUGCACAGUCUCUGUCUGACUCUGGCUUCAGACCCUCCUGGAUCAAACUCACCUGGAAAGACUUUCAAACAUCACUCAAUAGAUUUGAAUACAGAAUAUAUUUGAUAUGUACUGUGGAUGUACUGUAGAGUUGCAGUUUGUCACUUGUAAAUACAGUCUGUGAGCAGCUAUGAGCUGAAAGAUCUUUCUAGAAACACGAAAUGUUUUCACUCUUCUGUUGCUUUUUCAUAUAUUUCCACAACAUUAGUAUUGAUCCCACCUGUCUCACCUGUUUCAUGCUUUUAUACAUAAUAACAGGACACGUGUGAUCUGAGCGCUGCUGUGGUUGCUGUGCUGCACGUCUUUAUUUAGAUAACAGAGACAUCUAGUGGUUCAGAGGGAGAACUGCAGGAGGUGGAGCUGUGUUUUAGCAUGGAAAACUUUUUUUAUUUUUAUCUUUUAGGCACAGAUACAAAUAUGACAAGUAUCAGUGUAAAAUACAAAAGGUCAAAUCAGUCAGCAGAGGGAACAGUGAUUACACAGUAAUGUAAGAAUAGAAACAUUGAUUGAUUGAUUGAUUGAUUAUACUUUAUUCAUCCCGUGGGAAAUUGGGUUACAGCGCCAGCCGUGCCAGCGCCGUCUUACCCUCCGACCAUACAUACAUUACACAAACAUCACAUGGGGAAUACAGGUCAGAGAGGUAUAACAUGGAAAAGCACAACAUGAGGAAAGAUAAGGAGAAAGAAAUAACUCCCCCCAGACUGAGCUCCAACAGGGAGAUCAGUUUCAGAACGGAAAAAAACACCUCUGCACAUAGCACAUGAAAAAACUCUUAAUACACCAAAGAAACACAUGACAAGCAACAGGGGUGGGUAAGGGGUGAGAGACAGCCGAUGUAGACAGUACAUCCAGGCCUGCAGCGUAUGCGCUGGUCCAGAGUUCAGCUGAGACAGUGUCCUUCGCCCUGCCAGGCAAAGUAAACAGUCUUCCAGCCAACCCAGGUGGCCUUGCAUGGAAUGGGAAGAACAGUCUCAACACAGUGGUUAUCAGGGUGUUUUGUUGAGCUGGAGCCUUGAGACCGCAGCUGGUGCCAAAGGGGUAUCUGCAUGAAGUGAUGGUGGUUUUUACUUUAGUGCGAACAACUCAUAAGAAUUUGAAAGCCGUUCUAACAGUCCAACACUGGUCUCUCAAUCUCCCGUUGGAGAGCUGUGAGCUUCUCCAUGAUGUUAUCAGACUUACGAUCUGUGAUGUUGUCAUUCUUGUGCUCAAAGAGCUGAUUCUGAGAACUCACGACCGCAGUGAGCUUCUCCAAGAUGUAAUCAGUUUGCACUCAGAGGUCUUAUUCUGAGUAUUCAUGGCAGCCGUGUGGUUCUCCAAGAUCUUAUUGUACUACACUCAAUGAGCCCAUUUCGAGAAACUCACGCCUCGUCCCAUCGUUUCAAUCCCAGCGGGCAGCCUUGUGGGGGUUUGAACAGCCGGUUCCGCUUCCUUAAUUCUUCGAUAAGCCAGGGCCAAGCCAGCUCCGAUCAGCAAGAACCCUGCUAUCAUGUUUCCGAAUAGGUAGAUAUCUUCAGCACUCAGGCUCACCCGAGCAAGUGGGAAAAGGGUGUCAACUGCAUUCACAUAACAGUGAAUCUGGACAUGUAUACAGAUGGAAGCAAACAAACAGGAUGUAACACUACAUUAAAGCCACAAAUGGGAAGAAAACAGGUCCGAGUGUCAGGUGAACUGAACUUCAGGUAAGAAGUCAUGACCUGCAGUCUAUCUGGGUCAGAUAUAAACCAAGUUUAGGUGGAGUUUAUUUUCCUUGUGCUGACUUUUUACAGUCAGUUACAAUAACUCGUACUGCAUGCUAGCUAGCAUGACAGAGUUUCUAUACAGCUGGGUGGGUGCUAUGAUGUUACUGAUAGUGAACUUUACAGUGGCUUGCAAAAGUAUUCGGCCUCCUUGAACUUUCCCACAUUUUGUCACAUUACAGCCACAAACAUGAAUCACUUUCAUUGGAAUUUCACGUGAAAGACCAAUACAAAGUGGUGUACACGUGAGAAGUGGAACGAAAAUCAUACAUGAUUCCAAACAUUUUUUUACAAAUAAAUAACUGCAAAGUGGGGCGUGCGUAAUUAUUCUGUCAUGGAAAAGCACACCGCCAUCAACUUCUGUUUUGUUUUUGUCAAAAUCACUGUAAUAUAAUGACUGUACCUUUAUAUACAUGUGACUUAUAUUAAUGUUGCUGCCAUCUUGUGGCUAAAGUGUAAUUAUGUUAUUGUUAUUAGGGAAAACAUUUGAGAGUAACAUGCCAAAUGAGUCAGCACUUUGGCUUUAGCUUAAGAAAUCCUCAUUUUUAUGUAAUCAGUUGUAGUUGCAUGUAUUCAUUAUCAUAAUUUAACCUUUAAUAUUGAUGUCUUAAAUUUAUUUUGCGUAAAUUAGCAAUUUUAUGGUAUUUAUAUGGUAUUUUAUGGUUGUAUUAAAUAAAGACAUCACGUUCAUAAAUACAUUUUAUUUGUCAGCUUCACCCAUUAAAGUCAGGGGCCGGGGUUAAUGCUGAUCAAGUCAAAACCAUUGCUUUGGUCUGGUGGGCGUUCUUUUAGGCUACGUUCACACUGCAGGCGAAAGCGCAUCAAAUCCGAUUUUUUCGACCCUAUGUGACCCGUAUCCGAUCAUGGUAUGACAGUGUGAACGGCACAAAUCCGAUAUUUUCAAAUCCGAUCUGGGUCACUUUCGUAUGUGGUCCUGAAUCCGAUACAUAUCCGAUGUUUUAGAAAGCGACUGCUGUUUGAACGGUCAGGUCGCAUUAAAUCCGUCUUUUACGUCACUGACACGAGACAGACGCCGAUUAUCAGCGCCCGAGAAGACAUUGCGAACGCUUCCUGGCCAUCCAGUGUAGAUGUUAGUGAAACUGUUGGAAAGACAACGUUGGAGAAACGUGAACAUUUUAUUUGUACUGUAUAAUCUGCAGAUUCUGACAGAAAUCUGCAACUAUCCUUUGAAGCACUGCUCCUCUAAAACAGCAAUAAGGAUAAUUAUUAGGUUAUAUACAUUAUUAUGUAAAUAACAAAAUAACUUAAAGCAAAAAUU